GAAGUACUUGCGACUCACCAUUGAACCAUUUCCGAAAAGCGCCAUCAUUGACUUGUUAUCCUCACAUAGUUUCAGCAUAGUUUUGAUAUGACUAGAAUGUGAUGGAGAGCAAAUUUACUUUACUGUGUUUUGUUUUAUUUUUCGCUGGAAAAGGCAUACAUGGUCAGACUCCGUGGUCCAGUUGGACGCCUUGUGACAAGGCGUGUGACACAGGGUUUCAGUAUCGAGCUCGUGAUUGUCCUGGGGGGAACUCCAGCUGCAGUGCAAUAGAGACUCGUAAAUGCAAUGUAAUCAGCUGCAACAUGACAACAAUGUUAACAUCUACUUCUUCAAAGACGGCUCCUCCCCCGACCUUCCCAUUGAUGACCCUUCCCCUCAGCUCGCUUGCUGGCCUGACAACCGAGUCUGAUGUGCAAGAGAAGUCUUCCGAACUAACGACUUUGCUAACCAAGCCCGCGCCACAAAAUGUCAGAUCCACCACCACCUCUUCCACCACCACCACAACAACAACAACAAUGGCGACAAAACAUAACACUAAAUCUGGAUCCACUCCUCUGCAUUUGAAUUUUCUGAUAGCGAUUGUUCUUUUCUGGUAUAUGGUUUGAACAUCACUACCUCGUGUGAAACAUCACUUGCGAAAAUGACAGAAAAAAAAUACAAUGUGAUAAUUAAAGAAUGUGUGUACCAGGACAUUGUUUUUUGGUGAUAAGCAGAUUUACCAUUACGGCGUGACCCCGCAAUGUGUAUCUAAAACUUUUUAACUGAUUUAGUAUUAAAUAUAUCGAAUGUGAAACAUGUGGCAAGAAUAAAUACUGUGUACAUUGUAAA